UUUCAAGUCAAUCAGAGAUCAAUUGACGAUUCGAGAGAAGAAACUCGGGCAUGACCUGAAGAAGAAUGGAUUUCUACCUCACUUUAUGGACAAAGAAUCAUGCAAGCUUGUUAUGAAACGAAAUAGGACGAGACUACGAGCGUCUGGGAUCAAACGGCGAUUGAUUCGGAGUCCGGACGAGGGAGAAACGAAGCAUUAAACAGAGGCUGAGCAAGCUGCACGGGCAGACCAGCGUGGCCACGCACGGCCGUGCAAAAUACAAUCCUGGCCGUGCGGGAUUGUGCGUGGGCACGCACGGGAUUGUGCGUGGCCACGCACGGCCGUGCAACAUACAAUUCUGGCCGUGCGAGUUGGCUGAGGUUCAACUAAUUGAUACGCCGCGUUUUGAGGUGCACGGCCAGAAUGGUGAUGUGCACGGCCGUGCACCCUGGCCGUGCGAGUCGGGAUUUCCUGGUUUUAAGCCAAAUUCCGAACCAAAGAAGAGAGAGCUGGGUUUUGGAUCCCAAACACCCAAGGGACGAACCCUAGAGAGAGAGAGCGACUUGGGAACAUUCUUGGAGCUAUUUUGGAGGAUUUCUUCGCCAUUGGAGCUCGGGAAUCAAGCUUGGAGAUGGAGAUUGAAGAUCUAGAUCAGAUUUCUGCAGUCUCUUUCUUCUCUAUGGAGUAACUUCCCUUCACUUAGGUUUUGAGGAACCCUAGUUCCAUGAGUUAGGAUCUUUCUUGUAUGAAGUUUUGGAUGCUAUAUUGUUUGAUUAUAAUCGAAUGAUGCAUGUUUAUUGAGUCAAUUGAAGUCUGAUCAACUUUUCCUGAUUCCUGCUGCAAUCUGAGAUAGAUAGAAUCUGAUUAGGUUGCUAGAGUCUCAUCAUUCGGUAGUAGGAGAUUGGCUAUACGAGAGUUAGCCAGUUUACUGCUUUGUACUGGAAUCCAAUUCCAGUAGUGGAGUUCUGUGCUUAUUGCUUCAGCUUUCUAUCCCGGUGAAGACUAGUCGUCUGCCGGAUAGUUAGACUGAGAGGGUUUGGUCAGCUUAAGAGAUUCCAAGCUACUGUCGGAUCUUCCGCAGUUUAAUCAACAGUAAAUCAACCAAAAGGAAUUACAACUUGGACCUAAUUGAGGAGCUAGGGGGAAUCAUACCUAAGUGAGUUCCCAACCUGUAAUUAGAUUAACUUUAACUGUAGUUUGCUAGAGUAGUUUUAGUUCUUUCAUCUUAAUCUGAUUUGCUAAAUAAUAAACUGAAGCUGAGUAAUAGUAACUCUAGAGACCCGUGGAUUCGAUAUUUAUCACUUGAGCCACUAUACUGCAGUCCCUUUCAUUGGUUACACUUGGCCAUUGUUAGGUGUUGUGUUUUGGCGUGUCAAGUUUUUGGCGCCGUUGCCGGGGACUUUCUAGAGUAUUAGGAAAGGCAGAAGUUUGUUACUUUAGCGUUUUUCUUUUCUUUUCUUUUCCACCCUUGCUUUUCACUUGGGUGUUUUUGUUUUUUUUGUUGGUGCAGAUCUGAAUCAUGGAUCCUAAUGGCUUCUCCAACCAGUGGGGGUAUCCACCACCAUCCAGGUGGUAUUACCCCGCGACCCCCUACAGCAAUCAAGGAGGAGAAGACUAUGGAUUCGGGUUCCAGUACCAACCCCCUUUCUACGGAGAACAACCAGACCCCUGGGCAUAUCAAGAACAAUCUCCUUAUCAAGAAGAAUUCCUCCCACAACAAGAAGGGCCAUCGGAUCUGGAGUUACCCAUGGCGGCCUUCACGGGCCAUUCUGCAGAGCCAUGCUACACUCCACAGCCAGAUCCAAACUAUGAAUUGAGGCUUCUCGUGGAGCAGAUUGCUCGAGUACCUGAGAGAUCUUUUCCCGAGAUGGAUCCUCAUAUCCAGGCCAUUGCCCAAACUGACUUUUCCUUCCCCCGUGAAACAGAGGAUACCAUCCGGAGCAUAAAGAAGCACCUAGAGGUCAUUGAGAAAGCUUGUUCACAGUUUUAUCAAGACAACCUUUAUGCUGCCAUACAAGUAGAGGAGGAGGAAGAAAAAGGCAAUCAUGAGGAUGUUGAGGAGCAUACAGAAGUUGUCACAGAAAGCUCCCAUGAUAAUCAUGAUCAAGUGUAUCCUCUGGUGGUAGAUCAUAACUUUCACCAUUUCCGCUCUGACAUGCUGGGCUCGAGUGAGGAGAUGCAAGCGGAACUUAUCGAGAACCUUGCAUGGAGACUUGCUCUCCAAUUCGUGCUGGAAGAAGAAGAGCAAGAAAGGGUGCAGAAAGAAGUUGUGGAGGAUGACAAAAGUGAAGCAGAAGGAGUUCUUGAUCUUUUCCCAGGGGUGAUACCACAUGAAGAAGAAAGGGAGGUUGAAGAAGCAAUUGGCGUCCAGGCUGAGGACGGAGUUAAGGUGGAAGAGGCCUGCACCGGCCAUGAGUUACAUGUGAUAUCUCCACCAAACUUCGAGGAGCUGCUUGGCAAGGACCCAUUUGCAGUGUCUCUUUGCCAGACCAAGGCCAGAUCAACAUCGGUCCCUCUUGGUGGACGCGAUGGUGGCCAAUCGAUGCUGUCUUAUCUGGUUUGGAGCAAUGAGACGAGAGAAGAGAAGAAGAGGUCUCGAGGGUGGAGACUUCAUCUGCAUCAAGUGCACGAGCCUUCAUCACCUGCCACACCACCUGCUUGUGACUUGAGACUCCACCUCAUCGACGAGAACCUCAACUUCAAGGAGGUUCUAGCAUGGACCGAAACUUAGGAGCCAUCGUCCGGCUCACGACGUGAAAGAAGCGCUUGUUGGGAGGCAACCCAACCAGUCGGUUUGCAUUUCUUUCUCUAUUUCUCCUCGGUUGAGUCAGUUUUGUUAUUUGAUUUUAGAGUCAAUAACUCAACCUUUGUGAGAUUUUGUGUGGUGUUUGUGUUCUGAUUACUCUCUCUUCCUGGAAUGCACCGCCUGACCCGUUCAUCAUCAUUCACCCUUGAUCUGGUAACUUCGUUCUACCCUCCUUAUCUUUCCUCCAUUGAGGACAAUGUCGUGCUUAAGUGUGGGGGGAUGUUCGAUUAUGUAUGUGUGUGAAUGUUUGACUGUUUGUGUCUUGGAGCCUAGUCCACUGUCCAAAUUUCGAUUUGAGGGCUCCAAGUACGUGUUCCAUGCAAUUGCCUGCUCAGUAUGCUUUGAAUUGACAGUCUUUACAGUAAUAUGCAACCUAGGGAGGUAGUGUAGCACUAUGGAGGAUGUUGAUGCAUUUAAGAAGUCUCAUUUCUUCUUCACAUAAAGUUGGUUGAUUGAGUGAAUCAGUGAUCUUAGGACCCUUGAAUUGUGUGGUGUUGUGGAUUUUCUACCUGUCAUGGACUCUUGUAUCAUGUUUUGAAAGUAACAGGUGCUCGAAAAUGUGCUUCAAAAUAACGUCUCCCGUGCGAAUAGGGCGAAAGUGUGUAAGGGGAGACGGGAAUCCGUUCCCAAUUUCCACCUACUACCUCCAGCCCCCUUACAUAUCUUUCCCCCGCACGAGGCUCGAGACAUCCGCUCCUGGCAUGGCCGGUAAGAGCAGGUUGGGACCCUUGAAAAGAAAAAAAAGAAAAGAAAAAUAACAGAAAACAAGCAAAACAGAAAAAAGGGGUUCCAACCAUCUUCAAAGAAAAUAGAGCACCUUGAAAAAUGUGAGUCCAUGAUCUGUUGUUUUUGAGAAUCUCCUCAUCCACAAUUCAUUUGUCCUCUGUUCACUAUUUGCCAUGAUGCCGACUCGCCGAAGAAGUUAUGAGAUGACUUGUGCGUCGGUUGACCUCGUAAGCUGCUAAAUGAUCUAGGAAGUCCUCUACCUACGAUCUGGGUUGUUUGUUGCUAUAGAGGUCUGGAGAGUUGCAUUGGUUUGAGUUAGGUUUGCUUGGGGACAAGCAAACAGUUAAGUGUGGGGGGAUUUGAUGACUCGGUAUUUGCACAUGUUUUCCCCUUUGUUUCUUGAUUGUUUGAGCUUGAAUUAUUGCGUCUUUGGCCUAUUUUAUGCUAGGUUGUGUUCCUUUGUCCCAUUUCAGGUCCUAGCACAUAAAGUGAAGCAUAGGCGCAAGUUUCAAGUCAAUCAGAGAUCAAUUGACGAUUCGAGAGAAGAAACUCGGGCAUGACCUGAAGAAGAAUGGAUUUCUACCUCACUUUAUGGACAAAGAAUCAUGCAAGCUUGUUAUGAAACGAAAUAGGACGAGACUACGAGCGUCUGGGAUCAAACGGCGAUUGAUUCGGAGUCCGGACGAGGGAGAAACGAAGCAUUAAACAGAGGCUGAGCAAGCUGCACGGGCAGACCAGCGUGGCCACGCACGGCCGUGCAAAAUACAAUCCUGGCCGUGCGGGAUUGUGCGUGGGCACGCACGGGAUUGUGCGUGGCCACGCACGGCCGUGCAACAUACAAUUCUGGCCGUGCGAGUUGGCUGAGGUUCAACUAAUUGAUACGCCGCGUUUUGAGGUGCACGGCCAGAAUGGUGAUGUGCACGGCCGUGCACCCUGGCCGUGCGAGUCGGGAUUUCCUGGUUUUAAGCCAAAUUCCGAACCAAAGAAGAGAGAGCUGGGUUUUGGAUCCCAAACACCCAAGGGACGAACCCUAGAGAGAGAGAGCGACUUGGGAACAUUCUUGGAGCUAUUUUGGAGGAUUUCUUCGCCAUUGGAGCUCGGGAAUCAAGCUUGGAGAUGGAG